AUCUUCACAUAUUAAAGAGUUUUACCCCAAUUUUGUCAUUUUCUAGGGCUACUUCCUGCUGUUUGAGUCGAUGCUGGAUUCUGUGCUGUACGCUAGGGAUAAGUACCUCGCAGACGAUGGUUUGGUCUAUCCAGACCGCUGCAACAUCAGCCUGGCGGCAGUGGGGGACACUCAGAAACACAGUGACCGCAUUGCAUUCUGGGACGAUGUGUAUGGCUUCGAGAUGAGGUGUAUGAAGAAGGCUGUGAUACCAGAGGCGGUCGUGGAGGUGUUGAAGCCUGAGACGGUCAUUUCAGAGCCUGCAGUGAUUAAGACUGUUGACUGUGGCACUGUGAGGGUGUCUGAGCUAGAGUUCACUGUAGACUUCAGCCUGAAGAUAACGGCCUGCACCUUCUGUACAGCCAUCGUGGGCUAUUUUGACAUUUUCUUCGACAAGAGCUGCGGAAACAAGGUCAUGUUCUCCACUGCUCCAGACUGCACUAAGACUCACUGGAAACAGACGGUGUUCUUACUAGAAAACCCCAUCCCUGUCAAAACCGGUUUGUACCCUGUUCACACAUGCUUGCUACAGUACUUGUUUUAACUGUCUCCACACUAGUGUUUG